UUGCUCCCUCCCCCUGCCACGCAUUUUUCUGCUCAACGUACAGAUUUAUCCGUCGUGCCUCGAAUCAUACAAAUGGAGGAGGAUGCUGGGUCUUUGACGACUUCUGAAGUCUGGGAAUCCUCAGAGAGAUGUGGACUGUGCAAAGCAACUAAGAAGGGAUGCGAUAGAGGCUUACCGAAGUGUGGCAGAUGCGACAGGCUAGACCAUGAGUGCAUAUAUCCACCCUCUGAAAAACCGGCAAGGAAAAAAAGAAAGCCACUGCCACGCACUGAAGGAAUUGACAAGUUGAUGGUCCACCAAGGUGAACAAUGGGCUAACACAGAUGCACAUACACACACGUCAGAUCCCCACUCAUCCCUAUCAAACUCCCGUUUUGAGGAAGUUUUUUUGCGUCUCCAGAGACUCGAGCAACAAGUCUUCGCAUCCAAUCAUAGCACAAUCACCCCUCCCAAAAGUCAUACAGAAGAGCAGGCGCCUAUUUCUCUGGACACCCCUCCUAGAAGUCAGAUAGAAGGACAGACACCCAGGGAAAUUACCAAUGAUAACUGGGCCCUCAAACCAGGCUUGCUCAAGACCACACAUGUGCAGCUGGUCCUUUUUGGUACCCUUUCCCCGGCGCUCAAAGCGAAAAACACCACCUGUCAGGCCGUCGCUCAUCAAUACUUUCGAACUGUUGGUAGAUGGCUGCCCAUGAUAAGUCGAACCAAAAUUGACAAUGAAAUUUCCGCGUUCCGCCAACUCGAUUCGAGCAGCAGGUUUCAGCUCCUAAUACUAGCCAUGUUACUGCUCUCUGAUCGCUUGGAUGAAGAAUACAUGGUCACACCAUCUGAUCAUCCUUAUUACCGAGCGUGCAAGUACUUCUUCGCACAUUUUACCGCCCUAGGAACACCAUGCAUUGAGUGGAUCCAGGUCGGGAUGCUCAUCGCAUUGUUCGAGCACUUCCAGUGCGUUGACAACCGUGCUCCAGCGACGCUGGGUGUUUGUAUACGAUUAGCAUACGAUCUGGACCUGGAUGAUGCAGUGGCGGGGCAAUCAAGCUGCACACCGGGUGAGAUGACGCCUCAGAGUGAAGAAAUGGUACUCACGUGGUGGGGUCUUCAGCGAUUGGAAAGGUAUUUCAACAUGCCUCCCACCGGUCGUCUAAAGCCCCUCUUUAUGCCGUUACAACACAGUUCGGAUAACGUAAACGGCCGCUCCUAUGCAGGCCCGCCGGUCAGUGGUUUUGCUACUGUAGAUCGCGAUACCCUUUUUGCCUCCAUCACUGAACUGGAAGCUUCUCAAAGGUUGGGCCAGGUUCAGAUGUUCAUGCGCAACAACUGUUCUUCGCCAUUGGAGUCAAUUGCCGAAAGUGGAGCCUCUUUACUGCGGAGUAUCAUGGGGUACUUAGUAAUGUUGAAGGUGCAAAUGCGAAACGAGGUUUCGUGGGCAGGUGUGGCUGUGGUUUUAGAGGCGGCGCUCGAACUACAGCUUUUUCUGCUGGGCAAAAACGAGGACGUUGGGGUUGAUGUUCUUCGAUCCAUUCACUCGACUCUCGAACAGAUGAACGAGGUCGUGCAGCAUUGUCGAGUUGUCAAUGGUUUCACUGAAGAUUACAUGGAAGGUUUGCAGCCGACUUGGUUUUCAAUAGCCUACCAUGCACUCCGCGGAUACCACAAAAUACGAACGCUGGACACACAGUCGGUUCUUCCGGCCAUCGAAUUGAAAGUUGGCAUGGAGUACUUGCCCACAAUGUCAAAAAGAUACAGACUUCCAGGUAAAUAUCUGGAGUUGCUCGCGGAGUGUACAGAAGUGUGA